AUGCGUCUAUUUGGUUUUACAGAAAGCUUUAUUGACCUCAUCUGUCGGAUCCACACGGGCACGACUGCAACUUUUGUCGUUAAUGGAGGUCAAUCCUCCGCGCUCCCGGUGCGUUCCGGAAUCCGGCAAGGCUGCCCGCUUGCUCCUCUCCUCUUUUUACUCGUAGUAGAGGUAUUAGGGCUCGCCCUCAAGCAAGACCCGUCACUCAAAGGAUUGCCAGUGCCUGGGACUGUCGACCGGACUCAUCUCUUUUCGGCGUUCGUCGAUGACUCAACGCUCUUUUUGGACACGGCAAAACAAAUCCUCCAUGCUCUCGGAAUUAUUCAAGCGUUUGGGAAUCUGUCAGGCCUUCAUGUGCAACCGGCAAAGAGCAAGCUUCUUUUUUUGAACCGGGCCAUCUCCAGAGCGAGCUUUGCCGGUAUAGACAUCGUGCCCUCCGGCGCCACUACCAGGUACCUUGGGUACGAGAUCGGGACCGGGCCUCUGGACAACAAAAAUUGGGCUCAUCGGAUCCGGACAAUUCAGCGCCGCCUCCUCACUGCGACGCGGGUGGCGACAAGCGUUAGAACAGGGUACUCAUCCUGA